AUGGAGAUCAACAGGAGUUUCAAUGGCGUGGUGAAGAAGACGACUCAAGGCCGUAAACGUGUAUUCGCUUUCGGCCACCCUAACGUCGAUUCAGUAAUCGAACGCUUUUUGAACGGAAGCGCCAGUUCUGAUUCCAACUCUCAUGCUCUUGUGGAAAAUAACUUCCCUAACACACCGGACUACAACCGGCAUUAUUCACAUCUUUCGAGGGAGUUGGAGGUGGAGAAGAAGCGGAAGGAGGUGAUAGAUGAGUCGAAAAGGGUGGACGCCGGUGAUGAUGGAUUCUGGUGGGACGCGGCGGUGGACUGUCUUGAAUUGGAUGAACUCGAACUUUACAUGACGGCGUUGGAAGAGUUAAUGAAAAACGUGAACAUGAAAGCUAACGAUCAUAUGCUGUUACAGAAUUCGAGUUCAUUAGGUGUUGGUGCUCCCAUGACUGGAUUGAAUCCGACCAUUGAACCAUAUUCUUUUGAUGAUACAUUGUUGAACCAGAACCAGAUUAGUAACUAUGAUUAUGGUAAUUACAUGGUUCCUUAUGGUGAUUUUGGACAACUUGGUUAG